GGCUUUUUCAUGAUCUUCAAACGACUACUCCGCACAGGCUCCAAGUUCAAUUUGGAUCCGAACUACAAGUUCAAGUGUGGAGUUGAGAUCCACACUCAACUUAAAUCAAAGUACAAGCUCUUCUCGUUAUCUAAAACGAGUUUUAAUGCAGAACCAAACUCCAAUGUCAGUUAUUUUGAUUGUGGCUUGCCAGGAAGUCAACCUAAAUUGAACCCAGAAGCAUUAUACCUUGCAUUGAAGACUGCAGUGGCGAUGAACAGUGAUAUCCAGCUAAACUCCACGUUUGAAAGAAAGCACUACUUCUAUCCAGAUCAGCCUUUGGGGUACCAAAUCACCCAACAUUACCAUCCAAUAGCGAAGAAUGGCUACUUGGAACUUAGUGGGAGAUAUGACAACAUACCCGAAGAUAGCAAGAUCAUCAAUAUAGAGCAGAUCCAAAUUGAGCAAGAUACUGGGAAAACUAACUACGACAAGUUUGGACAAACUAUAAAGGUGGAUUUGAACAGAAGCAAUACUCCAUUAAUUGAAUUGGUUACUAAGCCAGAUUUUGAGAACUUAGAACAGGUGAGAGCAUUUGUCAAAAAGUACCAAACCAUAGUCAGACACUUGGAUAUCUGUUCGGGAGACUUGGAAACUGGAGCCAUAAGAGUAGAUGUCAAUAUCAGUAUAAAUGGAAAUCCUAGAGUUGAAAUAAAAAACUUGGGUAGUCAUAGCGAAAUUCAGGAUGCCUUGAAAUUCGAGUAUCAACGACAAAAAACCGCCCUUGAGAAUAGACAUUCAAUCGUACAGGAAACCAGAGGCUGGAACGGAAAGGAAACAUUAUCUCUUAGAUCAAAAGAAGAUGCAGUGGAUUAUAGAUACGUUCCCGAUUCCGAGCUUCCCAUAAUCAGAUUAAGUGCUGGGAUUGCUGAAGAAAUAAGUUCUCAGCUACCUGAACUACCACAAACAAUUUUGGAAAGGCUUUGUGGUAAGACCUAUGGACUAGAGUUAAAAUACGCCCGCUUUUUAGUCGAAAAUAAGGAGAUAUUGGCUUAUUACAAUGAAAUUUUUGACAACAUUGUGGUUGAAAACAAGAAACCAGUCAAGUUGGCAAACAAUUGGUUAUUUCAUGAGCUCAUGGGUGCCUUUUCUAAGCUUGACCAAAAGUUUGACGUCGAAUUAUUCCCACCACGCAAAUUGAGUGCAUUGAUAUUGAAGGUCACAGAUAACAAAAUCUCACAAACUUCUGCAAAGAUUUUAUUAUCGCAAGUUAUCCAGAAUCCAGAAGAUGUGCAAUUAUCAAUAGAUGAAUUGAUCGAGCAGUAUGAUUUAGGAAAUCCUGAGGAUAUGUCCGAACUUGAAUUAGAUGAAGCAGUAGGUGAAAUCUGCCAGGAAAUAAUAGAAACGAAUAUGGACGUAGUUGAAAAAAUCAAAAACGGACAGAAGAAUUCCAUGAAAUAUUUGAUAGGGCUUGCUAUGAGGGAAACACAAGGUAAGGUCAAAGCAUCGGAAUUCGCAAAAAAGUUUAACAACUUGUUAAAAUAAAUGUAUAUUAAUGUAAAUAGACAGAUCACUGAGAAUGGGACUCAACUUGGCAUCAUUAUGAAGUUUCAUAAUUAGCGAAGUCUGGUUCACUUACCAGAAGUUAUAACCAGGUUAAAUUGAGCAAGCU